GGUGGAUGUCCUGCAUUCCGAGUCCCAGCCAAGGUGAUGUGAUGGACUCCAAGCCCCAGUCGCUUUGCUCCCCGUUCCUCUGUACAGCUGCUAAUGGCCGCGGGGGGCCCAGACAACGGUCAAGCAGCCCUGAGACAGGGGAUGCCCGCCCAAAGCCCCCAGUGAAACCCAAGCCGUGUGUGCUGCCAAAGCCAGCCAUGCCAGCAAAACCCACCCCUGUACUGCGUCAAGCCCUUUCUGAAGUGCCCUCUGCAGAAAAGAUCAAUCUGCUGGCUGGACCCAAGCCAUAUAGCAGUGGGGCUGGUAAUUCUGUUAAGCGUCUUUCCUUUAGCUUCAAGUGUCCUCCAAAAGAAGCUACAAAUGGGAAAGAGGUUUCACCUCCAUUCUCUUCUGCGACUAAACCGUCUGCAGGUGGAGGAGAAGGACCUGGGUCUACAAGGCAACCCAGUGCUGCAGCAGGGGCUUCUGUGGAUGAGUGUGGAGAACUGUCCAGUGUACGCAGAUGUGCUGUCCCUUUCAAAGUGAAGCCCGUGCCAGGAGCAGCCAAGCCGGAGCGUUUUCCGGGGACCACAGUGGAGGAGAUCUUGGCCAAGAUUGAGAAGCCCAGCAAGGAAGGGCCGGAGGGCCCCGAGAAGCCUCGGCUAGUACGCGCCUCCCUCAGCCAGGAGGGUGGCACAGCCGUUCAGCUGGGGCCGAAGGGUUACGCGGCCUUCCGGAGAUGUUCCAGUGGAGGGGAAGGGGGAGGAGUAGAGCCGAAGGGUCCUGUGUGCGGGGCUUCUCAUGAAGAGAACAGCUUGUCAAGGAGCAAGGAGGACGCCACAAGUUCAAAUGGUCAGCAUGCGCCUGAAUCUGAGCAGCCAUCAACAGAGAGAGACUUAUGUUUCCACUCUCGAGACAGCAGCUCCAGCCCACCUAGUUUGAGCUGUGAUGAAGGCCAGCCUGGACUUCGCAGUUCACCAUCUCCUCCUGGCGUCUCUGUCCCACAGACCUCUCAACCCCUUGCCAAGCUCUCUUCUGGAGGCACUCCUGGGUCCCCCGAGGCCCCUUCUGAACGAGCAGUUCCAGAAGAGCUCCACAGCACCCAAGCUGAGCUUCCCCCAGGCUCUCCAGAUGUGAUUAAACCCCUCAGAACUCCCACUGAGGAGUUCUGUGGUCUUGCUCAGGCUCCAGGUUCCCCUCUGGCCCUUGCCGACCCCUGUCCCCCAGGGUCCCCCAGUGUCUCUGUUGAGGCUUCCUUGUCUCCGUGUCCCCCCAGCCCUUCUGCGAGGGGCCCUGAGGUCUUACUUCUCCCCGGGCCAUCUCUCAGUCUGGCUUUUACUCCACCUGCUGAUCACCGCUCAGAAACUCCCAGUUGGCUCUUGGGCAUCUCCGAGUCUCCUGGCUCCCCAGACACUCACUCUGACUCCUGUGUUGGUUCUGAUCAGCCUCCUGGCUCCCCAUCUCAUGCACAAGAGUCCCGUUUGCUCUCUAGGAGCCAAGAUUCCCCCAAGAAGCACACACAGGCACUCCCUGCUGAGGACAAGGCCCCCCACCUUUCUCAGUUGCCCUUGCGGCGUGCCUCAGAGGGAGUGGUGGAGCCCCAAGGCAGAAAGGGCAAGCAGGAGCUAGGGAGGUCUCUGGCUGCCCUGCCAAGAGGGGGUCCUCACUUAGAGCAGGCAGCGGUGGGAGAGUCCAGCUGGAGCCUGUCACAGUCUUUUGAGUGGUCAUUUCCUAACCGGGCUCUUGUGUGUGGUGGGGGGCGACUGGGGUCUCCACCCAGGUCUCCCAUUGCGGAGGCAGAAGACCCAGGCCUCUUGGAGACAGAGCUGGGGGGGAAUAUCUCCAGUCCUGAAAGGUCUUAUGAGGGAAGAAGUUCAGAGGGACUGAGCGGGAGAGGAGAUGAAAUUGAGGCUUGUGGGAGCUCCCCGGGCUGCAAGGAUUCGUGGAGCCAGGCUGUGGGGCAGCCAGAGUCCUCUUCUGUCCUUCUGCAGGGGCCUGCACCCGGAGGGCCCUCUGGUGGGAGAAAGCCUAGUAGCCAUGAGCGAAAGGGUCCUUUGGUGGCAACAGAGUGUGGCUUCCAAGAGGAGGAUGAGGGCUUACCGCCUUUUGUUCCAGUCCAUGAGGAGGGGGCUUUGCAGGGAAUGGAGCCCUUGCCAAAUGUAGAACAGUCUGCCCCCCCUGUACAGCCUUGCAUCUCGUUCUCCGAGGACGUCCAGAUGCAGACAGCUGUGUCUGGCCAGGAGAAUGAGUGUACUCUGGAUCUGGUUCAGGAGAGCAAGACUAGUGAUGCUGACCCCCCGAGGGGGGCCGAACAGGAUCCUAGCUCAUGCUGGCUGGAUGAACUGCUGGCAUCGCCUCCACCCAGCGCGGAUGACACUAAGAGGAGAAGUAAGCCCAAGUUGGAUGACCCCACAGGACCAGAGGAUCUCCUCGGAUGGUCACGGAAGGACCUUUGCAGCGAGUUUGGCAUUGGAGAGACUGGCCGAUCCGUGGCUUUUGACGUGGGAUGGGCCGAAGAGGCUCUUGGCAGCAAGGCAGGGUGGCCUGAUGAGACGGAGCAGGAUCUUGAAUUUGGCACUGGCAAGUGGGAUUGGCUGAGCUCAUACAGUGCUGGCAAUGCUGACAGGCAGGAUAUCCCACAAGACUGGGCCGGGGGGACUCCAUUGCUGGGUAAUUCCAACCAAGGCCAAGAAGAUUGGCUCACUGCCUAUGGGAGCAGCUGCGCUGGCCAGCAGACUGGGAAGCCUGAUUGGAGCAGCAGGUAUGACACUGACGCCGCUGAAUGUCAAAGUACAGAGCCUUAUGCGAGGAAGCGAGGCUGGCCCAGGCUCUGCUCUGAAGCUGAUCACGGGAGCAGGGAGUUUGCUGUGGGCAACACAGACUGGAGCAGCCAGUGUAUUGGAAGUGCUGCUGCUGCUGCUGCUGACAGGACUGACUGGCCCAGCAGUGCUGAAAGUGCCAGCUGUGUGGACUCCGAGGCGAACACCCAGGCAUCAGAUGAGUCCAGCCAAGGCAGUCACACCCACCACCAGGAUGCACAGCUUAGCCUCACAGGGCCUGAUGGUGGCCGCGGCCCCUAUCAGGAGGCUGCAUUCCGUGCCUGUCAGUCAGGCUGGCCUACGGAAACCAGUGCUGACGCCAGGGCCACUGGCCUGCAAAUGGGGUUCAGUGACCAGCAGUCGGAGCAGCCCAGUAAAUGCCGUGCCAGCCAUUCUGCAUCUCAGGUUAACAGCCAGCAGCAUCCCCAGCCUGAUGCAUAUGGCUUUAGCGAUGCCAGUUGUCCAGAAUCGGAACUAAGUGCCGAGCAGUCUGACUGGCCCACUAGUUUUGGUGUGGGGGUUGCCCAGUGCCAGGGCAGUGAUUCCAGUGUUGGGAAGCCAGAUAGCAUUGAUGGGCACAAGGGUAGCCAAGUGGGCUGGGAGAGAGAAGUGGGCAUUGUGAGUGGAGGCAGCACCCCGGGGUUUGGGGCGGGUGAUGCGGAGUUCCGUGCCCAGAAGACCGUCUGGACUGAUGCCUAUGUCCUUGGUGGAACUGAUCCGCAAAGUAGUGACUUCUCAGCUGGCGCAAGAGACUGGGUCAAAGGCACUGAUGUCUCAGGAACUGAACGAAAAAUGCAGUGCAGUGCUGCAAGGAAGGACCAAGGAGGAAGCUUUGACCCACGGGAUAUGUCAGGUCUAAGAAUGACAAUGGAUUUGGUGGAGACAUCUGACAGCCUGAUGGACCAGACUCGAGAUUUAGGAACUGUGGCCAUGGAUGAGUCCAGAGGAGUCGGAGAGGGGCAGUCUGACUGGACCCAAGACCUCAGCCUCAGAGGCAUAAGCCUUUCUGGCCUCUCCAAGGCUGACAGCCCAGAUGAAUCUAGAGAACCUACAGAGGAGCAGCCUGAUUGGCUCUCUGCCCUGGCUUUGGCAAGGUUGUCUGCCCCCUCAGGUGCAGGGCUUGUGAAUCCAGAGUUGCCAAGAGAACCUGGUGUGGGACAAGCAGAUUUGGCGUACAGACCUGGCAUUGAAAGCAAGGAUGUAUCUGACGAAAGGUCCAAAGGUUUGGAGGGGGCUGAGGAAGCUGGCCCAAUGGAGAUGGGCUGGGCCAGUGAACGUCGGAAAGAACGUCACGACCAGAGUUCUUGCUCUGGAGCUCCUUGCUUGGGUGGUGGUGAGGGGCAACACCCCGGAACAAGUGAAGACCCUGGAGAGAGCAGAGCGCCCCACAGUGAACAGUUGUCCACUCCCAGCCACCUGCUGGAAGAGAUGGUUGCCAACAGUGCUGUCGAGGAGGUGGCUCAACAGAAGAGACCUACUUCCUCCCACAGCUGCCGUUCAGGAGAAGAGGGAAGACUCGGCACCUUGACCGAUGACCAGAUGACUGCAGCUGAAAAGACUAGGGCCUCUCCUGCCUCAGUGGAAGUGCAAGAGGAUGAAGAGGUCCGGUCCAAUGGAGAUGGUGGUAUCAGCCAGCUGGACAGUAGAAACUGUAGUCAACCACCUCUGGAAGCAAGGCGGCUGAGUCAUCCAGAGCAAAGUGGAAGCCAAGCAGAAGAACCCGUAUCCCAAGAAGGUCACACUACAGAUGGGGCUGGAGCACCGUCAGGGGAAACCCCCAUCUUCUCCGUGGACACAGAGGUUCUUGACGCCACCGCGUAUCGUGAUCGGGCUAACUUGGGCCGGAAGCGAGGUCAUCGGGCACCAGUCACGCGAUCUGGGGGUGCCCUUUCGGACAGCUGGAUGUUCAAAGACUCCACAGAGCCUCAAGUAGCUCCUGUACACUCUGAUGAAGAAUCUUCUGAGGAACCAAGGAGCAGACGGCCCCAAAGUUCUCCAUUGUCCAAGGGGGUGAAGGUGCCGCUUUUCUCAGGCCUCAACCCCUCAGCAUUGAAGGCCAAGCUACGAGGCCGAAACCGUUCUGCUGAGGAAGGGGAUUCCCACCGCGAGGCCAAGCCGAGUCCUGCCAAGGAGGCCCACAACGUGCAGCGCUCUAAGUCAUGCAAGAUGGCCAGUGGGAAGCCUCUGGGGCUGCCACCCAAGCCGGAGAAAGCCUCAGGGUCAGAAGCGUCAUCGCCCAACUGGCUGCAGGUUCUGAAGCUGAAAAAGAAGAAGUCUUGAAAGGGAACUAUUGAGAUGUUGCUCUCCAGCUGCUGGAGCCUUGACAGCAGAUGUUCCAGUGAGAUUGUCAUGGAUGGAAGUCUUGUUUACCAUCUAACAUCUUUGAGGGAUGGGGGCGGGGGGGGAUGGGGGGGAGUGGGAAGAUGAGGCACAUUUAUGCACUUUGUAUCACAUUCACUCUCACUCAUGCUAUGUGGCGGCCAGAUUCUCUCC